UUUAUAAUUUGAGCUCUUUGAACAGGUUGCAACUCUGGCAUUUCAGUACUUAAGUCUUUAUCAGAUAUUCCUUUUGGUCUUGUUUGUGCUAAUGCAAGAAUUCUGAAAAUUUAAAAUACCAUAUUUAGAUAUUUUUUUCAUAUUUCAUUUCUAUAAUAAUAAAAUAUGAGUCUAUUAUGUAAUAACAUAAUUAUUUAUAUUGUACAUGAGUAAUGAUUGUAACCUAUACGUAACUAUAUACGUAAAAACAUGGAAAAUUCUUUAAAUGAAUCGGAUACUGAAGAUUCUUUGACUAUUGCUACUAAAAACUGGGAUCGAAUUAUUAGUAAUGCUAAAAAGGUUGGUUACAGGGAAGGAGUAGAAGAUGGGUCAAAUUCUGUUUUUCAAAAUGGUUUUGAUAGUGGAUAUAAAGAAGGCUUUCAAACGGCUUUUAUUCUAGGAAAGUUUAAAAGUUUAUUAAAUGCUAUACCAAAGGAUGUCGAGCAUCCGCAAAAUAUAAAAGAAAUUUUUGAUAAAACUAGAAGAGGUGCGUGUCAUAUAUGUAUAACAGAACUUCAUAAUGGCAAUAAUACACAGAAGAGUUUUGAUGAAAUCAUCAAUGAACAAAGAUCGUAUUCAGUGAAAGUUCUUCAAACAUCGUAUGAGUAUUUUCAACCAUAUGUAAAGCAAUUAAAUAUUAGCGAAUCUGAUAUAUUAAAGAUACGAGAUGUUCCAGAUUUAGAAGAUAAUUAAUUUAUAAAUCAAAACAGUUUUUUGUAUUUUUUUAUUAGCAUAUAUAUUUUUAUGCUUCAAACGUAAAUAAAGAAUUUUAAUUGCAGAA